AUGGUUCUCACAAAACUCUUUUCUUCCUCCUCCAAGAAAUCUCCCGACAAGAAAAAACACAAGUCCUCCGCCAGCACUUCAUCAGAUCUGUCUGACCUGCAGCCCCACGGUUCUCAGCAUCCUCCGCCUCUGUUCCCUGCUGCUGCUCCUAACCGACGCCCGGAGUCUCCAGCUGGAAUUUCCCCCAACACAUACCACCACCAUCAUCACCAACACCACCCUGAUCCCAACCACCAACGUCCGCUGCAAUCCUCUUCGACCUCGACCACUCCAAGCAAUAACAAUAAUAAGUCAUCUUCCUCUCCGCGUGUGAGAUCUUCUCUCAAAUUCUCCUCCAAACCCUCAUCCCGGUCGCAACGGAUUCCCGAAUCCAAAAACCGCCGCACACACUCGACCCUAUCGGGCAGCCCCACAAAACACAAGUCCAGGAAUUCGUCCUCCCGCUUUUCCUACGAUCGGGACUCGCAUCCAUUGAAUCUGCCUCCGGACGAGCUCCAUCGCCUAUCCGCUAUGGCAGCUGCGAAAGACGAUACCCGCAGCUCCAUGGAUAUCGAGCAACCUGAUGCUGGUGUUGUGCCUGCUCCAUCCCUUUCCUCCGUCUCAACGCCAAUGCAGCAAGAUUCUCCCGCCUCUUCCCCUGCCACUCAGUCAAAUGGUAUCUAUUCUGAUACGGUGGAGAGGAGUCCGACUCCCCCUCCUCACAGUGUGCUGUCAAGUUCUCCCCAACCUACACUUCCUGCUGUUGAUGCGGAGGCAUGUAAAUUGUCGGGGAAUAAGUUUUUCAAGGCUGGGGAUUAUCAGAAGGCCAUUCAGGAGUAUACAAAGGCUGUUGAGGCUCAACCAUCCUCAUCCACCUAUCUAUCAAACAGAGCGGCUGCCUACAUAUCAGCACAUCGAUAUCUCGAAGCCCUGGAAGAUGCCAAGUUGGCCGAUGAACUAGAGCCUGGGAACCAGAAAAUCAUGCAUAGAUUAGCAAGAAUAUAUACCAGUCUUGGUCGGCCUGUCGAGGCACUAGACAUCUAUUCAAAAAUUCAACCACCCGUUUCCGCAAAGGAUAAAGGCCCCUCAGAGGCCAUGCUACACCAUAUUACACAGGCAGAAGAAUCUCUACGGGAAGACAAAGGAGGUUCCAUGACAUUGUACUGCCUGGACCAAGCUGUAAAGGGGCUAGGAGCUGGCAUUCAACAACCGCGCAAGUGGAGGCUAAUGCGCGUGGAGGCAUAUCUGAAGAUGGGAAGUGCCAAUGCAUUGGGCGACGCACAGAACAUCGUCAUGUCUAUACUGCGUGAUAACAACCAGGAUCCCGACGCGCUAUUCCUCCGGGGCCGACUAUUCUACGUUCAGGGAGAAAACGAACAAGCAAUCAAACAUUUUAAACUUGCUCUCAGCUUAGAUCCAGACUCUAGCCAGGCUGUCAAAUACCUUCGCAUGGUACAGAAACUCUUACGUAUGAAAGACGAAGGAAAUGCCGCUUACAAGUCUCGAAAAUACCAACAAGCCAUAGACAUCUAUUCGAAGGCCCUAGAAAUCGACCCGAAAAACAAAAACAUCAAUUCCAAACUCCUUCAGAACCGUGCGCAAUCCUACCUUAAUCUCAACAACUACGAAAAAUCCAUCGAAGACUGCACAAAGGCACUUGAGCUCGAUCCUUUAUACGUCAAGGCGCAACGCGUGCGGGCAAAGGCGUACGGUGGCGCUGGCAACUGGGAAGAAGCGGUACAGGAUCUAAAGAAGAUUUCUGAAGCCAAUCCCGGUGAGACGGGGAUUCAGGAAGAGAUACGGAAUGCGGAGUUUGAGCUGAAGAAGAGCCAGCGGAAGGAUUAUUAUAAGAUCCUUGGUGUGGACAAGGAUGCGACAGAUCAAGAGAUUAAGAAGGCCUAUAGGAAGCUGGCUAUUCAGCAUCACCCGGAUAAGAAUCUGGAUGGCGAUAAAGGCGAUACACAGUUCAAGGAGAUUGGAGAAGCGUAUGAGAUUUUGAGUGAUCCUCAGAAACGCGCUAGCUACGACAACGGCGACGACCUAAUAGACCCCUCUGACAUUUUCUCCCGCGGUGGCGGUGCCUCUUUCGCGCAUAUGGGAGGCAUGGGUGGCAUGGGAGGUAUGGGUGGUAUGGGCGGCGCCGGCCAGAACAUCCACAUCGACCCUAACAUCCUCUUUAAUAUGAUGAAUGGGGGCGGUUUUGGACGAGGCGGAGGACGCGGGGGAAACCCGUUUGAGAGCUAUCAUCCGCACGGCUGGUAA